UCUAAGUCUAGCCUGCCCAUCUCUAAUAGAGUGACAUUUUGAAACCUUUUGUCAUUUUGUUUAUUGCAAAGACUAUUAUCUUAUUGCCCUCAUGUAUUUUAUUAAAUCUUCGCAUCACAUGUGUCCAUGUGGCUGCCAUGUGAGUCCAUCCCUCCAGUGAGGCAAUCCCCUUAAUUUUGAGGUACCCCAAACAAAGCUUCUCUGUCAGUGGUGAGGGAGUUGACCUUCUUUUUGAUAGUUUAUGUCCAUCAGAAGAUUGACUGGAUUACCUCUUAUGUCGAUUAGCACUUCGAAAAAAUUCUAUAAGUUGAGCUAAUGUUCAGAAUUAUAUGAAUUGAAGAGAGAGAGAGAGAGGGGAGGGGGGGUUCUUUCCGACCCCGGCACUGCCCGUGACAAAGAUGGUACACCAACUAUCUGUGUGCCGUCCGUGUAAUGUGAACCUUCAACUCCGAGACAGGCAGCCAGCUCCUCCAUUUUGACCGGUGCACCAGUGGAAAACCCUUUAACUGGAACCUUCCAUGUAAUCAUACGGAAAACAGUAGAAUUAGAACGUUAGCCCACGUGUUAUCUAUUUAUUAAUUGUGACACCGAACCACCAUGAUGACAAGGCCAAAAUAUAUAGAAUAUAGGUAUUAAAAUUAAACCGCAUGGCAGCCCAAGUUGACGAGAAACGAGGUGACGACCCCCUCUCGUUUUUCAAAUGGAGCCUUUCGCACAAACGUCCUCCACUUUUCCCCUCUAACCCUUUUGUAUCCUCCCACCCUGAAGCCCGGACGCCGGUCUCCUUCUAUCCAUAUCCAUGGCGAUGCCUCUGGCCUAUCAGACGAGCCCGGCGGCACCGGAGUGGCUGAACAAGGGCGACAACGCGUGGCAAUUGACCGCUGCGACGCUCGUCGGCCUCCAGAGCGUGCCGGGCCUCGUCAUCCUCUACGGCAGCAUCGUCAAGAAGAAAUGGGCGGUCAACUCGGCCUUCAUGGCCCUCUACGCCUUCGCGGCGACGCUCAUCUUCUGGGUCCUCGUCGGCUACCGCAUGGCGUUCGGCGACAAGCUCCUCCCCUUCUGGGGCAAGGGAGCGCCGGCGCUCGGCCAGAAGUACCUGGUGCGCCGGGCCAAGAUCCCCGAGACCGUCCAUUUUUACAGCAACGGCACCGAGGAGACGCCCAUGACGGAGCCCUUCUAUCCCAUGGCCACACUUGUCUACUUCGAAUUCAUGUUUGCUGCCAUAACAAUUGUGCUGUUGGCCGGCUCCGUCCUGGGCCGGAUGAACAUUAAGGCCUGGAUGGCUUUUGUUCCCUUGUGGCUGCUCUUCUCAUAUACGGUUGGAGCGUUUAGUCUUUGGGGAGGAGGAUUUCUCUAUCACUGGGGAGUGAUAGACUACUCCGGCGGCUAUGUCAUCCACCUCUCCUCCGGCAUCGCCGGGUUCACCGCUGCCUAUUGGGUAGGGCCGAGGUUGAAGAGCGACAGGGAGCGGUUCUCGCCGAACAAUAUACUAUUGAUGCUGGCGGGGGCGGGGCUGCUGUGGAUGGGGUGGUCGGGGUUCAACGGCGGGGCGGCGUACGCCGCGAACAAGACCGCGUCGGUGGCGGUGCUGAACACCAACGUAUGUGCGGCCACCAGCCUCCUGAUGUGGACUUGCUUGGACGUGGCCUUCUUCGGGAGGCCGUCGGUGAUCGGGGCGGUGCAGGGGAUGAUGACGGGCCUCGUCUGCAUCACUCCUGGCGCAGGACUGGUGCAAACGUGGGCCGCUAUAGUGAUGGGCGUGCUAUCCGGCAGCAUCCCCUGGUUCACCAUGAUGAUCCUUCACAAGAAGUCGGCAUUACUCCAGAAAGUGGACGACACCCUCGCCGUCUUCCACACCCACGCCGUCGCCGGCCUCCUCGGCGGCCUCCUCACCGGCCUACUCGCCGAGCCCGCCCUCUGCCGCCUUGUCCUCCCCGUCCCCGACACGAGGGGCACUGCCUACGGCGGCGGCGCCGUCCAGCUCGGCAAGCAGCUGGUCGGCGCACUCUUCGUCAUCGGGUGGAACCUCGUCGCCACCACCGCCAUCCUGCUCGCCAUCGGGAGGUUCAUACCGCUGCGAAUGCCCGACGAGCAGCUCAUGAUAGGCGACGACGCAGCGCACGGGGAGGAGGCGUAUGCGCUGUGGGGUGACGGCGAGAGGUAUGAUGCCACGAGGCAUGCACCGGUGUUCCUCGCCGACGAUGCACUGCAAGCGACGCAGUCAGCCAGCGGAGCCAGGGGUGUCACGAUUCAGUUGUAGCGUAAUGGGAAUAGGGGAUGGAUGACCUUCCUUUAUUUGCUUCGUUUUGCAAGCUUUUUGUAUGACGAUAGGCACAGUGAUGUGAAUUGGAGAAGACAAAAUCUCAAAAAAGUUGUUCUGUAGCUA